CCCAAAUUAAUUAACAAAGAUUAUUGCGCUCUUAAUUAAUUGAUCAAAAUAUCUCUCUCCGCCCCCAUAAUUCCGUUGUUUUUUUCUUCGUAAAAUGGAAAUAAAAGGAAAAGCAACAUGGGCUAGUAGCAGGGAAUGUUGUCGCAGCAAUUUGUGGAUCAUUGCACUAACCAGCAUUCGCUUCGGUGUAUUGUCUAAGUCCAUAAUGUUUGGUGAGACCCCGAGUUCCCUGAGGUCAGAGCUCGGAUGCUCGCGCUUAUCACUGAAGGAUAUGUUUUCAGUCUUCGAUCUUGUCUUGCAACAUUGACUUCCUCGUUGACUUUGGUUGACCUUGCGUCAGUGCCCCAGGUCAAAGCUGGUACCGAGCUCGAUGUGCCCGAGCUAAGCCUCAUAUCUUGCCUUGUUUGGGUGAUUCCUGAGCUCGGUGUUUCCGCCAACCUCGGAGGGUCGAGGUCGGCCUCAACGGCUCUUCUGUCCUUUGUCAAUUCGUCGUCUUGUGCUUGGUCCCGACCUCGAUGAGUCGGGGCAGAUCGACUUUUACUUGAGCGGAUUUGUCGAAUCUGUCUACAAUAAAUUAAUAUAUUUGUGAACAUAUUUGGCAAGUAUGUUUGCGCUCCUAUUGGUCAAUAUUUGUAGGCAUGGAUCGUCAUCCUGGAUUGCCAUGUAAGGGUGGAGAUCGGAAUUGAAUUGAGUAGAUUUGGCGAAUCUGUACGUGGAAAAUAAAUAUUAAAGUUGGACAAGUUUGGCAAAUCUGUCCAAGCUCCUAUUGGUCAGAAUAAGAUGGCUCGGAUCGUCAUUUAGUGGAACAGAUUUAGCGAAUCUGUUCUAUAGAAUCCACCACAAUUCAUACAUCAUUCCUCAUCUAACCGCUCCAAUUUCUCCCUCUCUUCAUAUUUCGGCCAUCAUCUAACCCAAAUGGAACGUGGUAGAGCUUCUGUAGAUAUGAGUAACCUCAACCGUAACCGAAAGAAGGAGAUUGCGAGAAAUCAUCCUAUUUCAUGCAAAUAUAAAGGACGGCCUGGGUCUUCUUCUCAAAGCCGAGAUGAUUUUGAAACGGAUUACCAACGGAGAGAUGCGGAUGCGAUGACCGACCAUCAACUAGCCCAACUAUUGGAAAAACAAGAUCCGCACUUUUACCAACAACAAGACAUCCCCGAGGUUGAAGAUGAGGUCGAGGAUGAUGAUGCGGAGGAGGGGGAUCCGGAGACGGCCGAGGAUGAGGGUCACGGCAGCCCGGACGAUGAGGAAGUGCUAGAGGACGAGGGUGGUUCAUCCCAACUCGGUAACAAAGCUAAAUCUCUCAUUAUGGAAAAUAAUUUUAAAAAGAGGAAAGACCCACAAACCGAGAAAUGGUACGCAACUUGCAACCAUUAAGGAAAGAGUAUAGCUUGGGAAUUUCACAAGGAUAUGAUAGCACCGUAAGGCAUCUUAAGGCCAAGCAUCCCGCGGCAUAUGCGAAAACAGACAAAGGCAAGGGGAAGUAAACACAAAUAUCGAGGGACGACGAGGAGUUCAUUGAACCCACAUAUUACGAAGAAUGACCAAUACAUGUGGGUAGAAUAUGUGAUACAUUCGACGAGUUGAACGAAGACCUGUCCCUUCAAAACCUCAAAGAAUUUCAGACAUUUGGUAGCGAGGCGAAAGUGCGAAACACUCAAAUUACUAGCAAGCAAAGUGUGUUUAUGAUGAUGAUUGUGCGUGACAUAUUCAAGCAUCACAAAUCAAACACAUCACACAGUGGAAAGUCAAGCAGUAUCAAUCGCAACACGAUUGCAUCCCCAACUACACACGAAGUA